AUGAUUCCUGCUUCGCGGUUGAGCGCGAGAUUUGUCUCGGGAACUGCUUCUCGUUCUAUGGCCGUCGCUGCACCAACCCCUAACGCAGAGAGAAGUGUCCCUCUCAGUAAGAAACCAAUGCAGAAGGAGUUUAAAAUCUACCGAUGGAAUCCUGACGAGCCUGAUAUGAAGCCCACUCUUCAGUCGUAUACCAUCGACUUGAACCAGUGUGGUCCCAUGAUCCUUGACGCCCUUAUUAAAAUUAAGAAUGAGAUUGACCCCACCCUCACCUUUCGUCGUUCUUGCCGUGAGGGCAUUUGUGGCUCAUGCGCUAUGAAUAUCGAUGGGCAGAAUACUCUUGCAUGUCUCUGCCGUAUAGAUAGGAACGAAGCUCAAAACACGAAGAUCUAUCCCCUUCCACACAUGUACGUUGUCAAGGACCUCGUUCCCGACCUGACGCAAUUCUACAAGCAGUAUAAGUCCAUUGAGCCAUACCUGCAAAACGACAACCCCCCGGAGAAAGGUGAAUUCCUUCAAUCGCCUGAGGAACGUAAGAAGCUCGAUGGCAUGUACGAAUGCAUCCUAUGUGCAUGCUGCAGUACGUCUUGCCCUUCGUACUGGUGGAACCAGGAUGAGUACUUGGGACCUGCCACCCUUAUGGCUUCCUACCGAUGGAUUGCUGACUCUCGGGACGCCUAUUCUGCGGCACGCAAGUUGAAGCUUCAAAACACCAUGUCGUUGUACCGGUGCCACACGAUUUUUAACUGCUCACGCACAUGCCCUAAGGGAUUGAAUCCUGCUAAGGCCAUCGCCCAAAUUAAGUUGGAGCUUGCUACUGAGUAA